AUGUUUGGACAAGUGCGUACAAACCGGUCGACGGUCCUUAUGGCCGGCACCGUUAUUUUCCUGGUCGCUUUUGUUAGCCUGGCCUACAACCAUCUCGACAAGUGGGAGCCGCCCGCUGACGUCGCUACCGACACCGAGACAUCCAUCAUUGGUGAUACCCACGAUGAGCCUCACCACGACGAGCCCAAGAAGACUGAGCCCGAGCAACCCGAACAGCACGGCGCCAUGUCGAAACCUGACCACCCUUCCAACGCCUCCACCGAGCUCGGCGACUACUACUUCAACUACAUCAUGAAGGCCCGUAUCAGCCCUGCCGACAAGAAGUACGCUCCCUACGGCGCUUUCCCCAUGGAGCUCCCCGCCGAGCCCAAGUGGACUGAGAUGAUUGGCGAGGACCUGUGCAUUAUCGAUCUUGACAACCGACCUUUCGACGAGCCCGGCCAGAUCUUCUCCCCUGGUCUGAUGAGCUGGGACCGCGCUGACGAGACCCACGGUCUGUCCCUCGGUGUCCUGAACCACUGGCUCUAUGCCAAGAACCACGGUUACAAGUACUACUACGUUGACAUCACCGAUCCCUUUGAGGAUCGCCGCAACUCGUGGAAGAAGCCCCCGAUUCUGUCCAAGAUCCUCAAGAAGCACAAGGCCUGCAUCUUCCUUGACUCCGAUGCCGUCUUCCACCACCUCGACCUGCCCUUUGAGUGGCUCAUGAACUACUGGCAGCUCCACCCCGAUACCAACUCUCUCGCCCUUGCCUACGAUCCUCACCACAAGAACAACAUGGACAAGUUCGACAAGGUCUACCUCAACACCGGCUUCAUCGUUCUCCAGAACAACGAGAAGACCUUUGAAAUCCUCAAGGAGUGGGAGGACUGCCCCAACGAGGGUGGCAAGCACCCCGACUGUGUCGAGUUCCGAAAGAACCGCCCCGGAAAGCCCACCGACCAGGGUGGCUUCGGUACCUACAUCCGCUACGAUUACCCCAAGGACAUCAAGGAUCUUCCCUGCACUGAGGCCAACGGUUUCCCCGAGAGUCGAUCUGGCUGCGACGGAAAGUUCAUCAAGCAUCUCUGGACCGGCAAGAAGGACCACAUCAAGGUGGUCAUCGGCCAGCAGGUCCCCGGUGCGCUGCUGGAGAUGUUCCACAAACAAUUCAUGGACGAGAAGCCAAAGUUCUUCAUCUCCGAGCGAGACCUGAUGGCCCAGAAGGAUUAA